AUGGGCAACAAGCAAACCAUUUUCACUCAGGAGCAACUGGAUGCAUACCAGGACUGCACAUUUUUCACAAGGAAAGAAAUUCUCAGGUUGUUUCACAGGUACCGAGAUCUGGCCCCACAGCUCGUUCCCCUUGACUACUCGGACAGACCCGCCGUGACACUCCCCUACGAGCUCAUCGGCAGCAUGCCAGAGCUCAAGGACAACCCAUUCCGCCAGCGGAUAGCAGAGGUGUUCUCAGAGCACGGCGAUGGCAAUAUGACUUUGGAUGAUUUUCUGGACAUGUUUUCUGUGCUAAGUGAAAUGGCUCCACGAGACUUGAAAGCUUAUUAUGCUUUUAAAAUUUAUGACUUCAACAAUGAUGAUUACAUAUGCAAAUCAGAUCUAGAGAAAACUGUUAACAAAUUAACCCGGAAUGAACUGACCCCAGAAGAAGUCAGCCUCGUGUGUGAUAAGGUGAUUUACGAGGCUGAUGUGGACAAUGAUGGCAAGCUGUCCUUGGCAGAAUUUCAGCAUAUGAUUGUACGAGCUCCAGAUUUCCUCAGCACUUUUCAUAUUCGAAUCUGA